CACAUUCCCCCAUACUCUCCCAAAGGACUACAAAUAAUAAUAGAUGGAUGUAAUUGUUCAAUUCUAAUACUUAGUAAGUGAGAUGACAAGACUGGAAGGAAAGGCCUACUACUGAUGACACUCCUGUUGUGGACAUUGAACUCCGUUGAGAAGUCAAGCGGCCCACAGAAUUCCAUGUUCCAUUUCAGCGUGGUUGAUGGUGUAGCUGUCCUUAGGGAGCUGACUGAUUCUGAAACGCCUUUCGAACAUUGCUCGAAGGUCCGGUUGUACAUUCUGCCAUGAUUCUGGCGAGCGUGUGAAUGUGCAGCUGACACUUCUCCAACGCAACAAGGCAGGCUUAGCAGUCGUCACGAAAAUCACGUAGAGCGAAAACCCAACUGCGCGGAAUUUUACGUAUGAGGAUCACGUGCAGUUCCUACAUUAUUUUCAUGUGUAUUACUACGUAGGGCGAAACCUCCCUAGUAUUACGUGCUGCGUGUACAGUCGCAGUGUACUCUCACAUACUGUAAGUCAACAAACAUUCACUGCAUAUUUAUUCCCGUAGCUAUGCAGAAGACGUUACUUCAGUAACGUCUGGCGCUAGCCAGGGUCCACACAGCUUUAAUUUGGUAUUUGUUUGUGUGUUUGUGUCACGCCUGGCGCUAUCCGUAUCUGACGGCAAAAAAGCAUAGGAUGUUAUAAAUUUUUCAAUUCUCCUAUUUUUUUUUCAGGCAUAUCCUGGGAUUCGAACCCGCACUAUCGCCCUGCAUGCAUUCCCCCAUACACUUCGCAUUUAUACCCAUUCUUCCAAGUUGCUUCACGUUAUUAUCUUGCGUUUGAAAGCCCUAUUUGAAUAUUGCGGGCAGCUAGACGGUGUCGUAUUACCCUCGAUCGUACCUGUCCCGUACCAAGAGUCCAUAACCCCCCAGAGUGUGCAACUCGUGAUCCUUCUCAGCACAAAUCAGUGCCGCAACGAAAUCCAAACUUCAUACGUCAUGUAGUGAGUAGCUAUGACGAAAUGGGAAGUUUGGCCCGGACCUACUUCGCCCGUUUGCCCAAUUUGGGGUCUUUCUUUACGAAUCCACGGCCACGUAACACGCCUGAAACUGAAAGGCUCAAGUACACAAAGAAUUAUUUUAGAGUUGUCGAACAGUUUUCUCUUUUGAGUGUCUCUCCGAUAAGAGAAGAACAAUGGCCACUGUUGAACCUAAAGCAAAGCGCUCCCCAUUGUCGCCGGAGUGCAGUGUCUCUGUGGACGAUAUUCGUCAGUUUUUGCUCGAUCUGGGCUCCUCAUUUUUUUCUCUCGAUUGUCGAGUGUUGGAAAUUGUACCAAAAUGGGACUGAGGAGCAGGUUGAAGCACAUCUACUUCGAAAUCGAUCGGGUCUUCAUGCCGUGUGCCAAGAGCUAUUUCCAUCAAAUCUUGUUAAUCUAUAUCCAUGCCUAUUCUUGCUAUCCCGGAGUCACGAACUCUCCCAAUACAAGCUUUUCAGACAACGAGCAGAGAAACUCUCUUCAAAUAAAAAAAUUCUGUGACUGUGAAAUCAAAGCCGUUCUGCUGACACUGCAUAGCCCGUGGAGCAAACGUUUUACGUGACACUUCCGUGGCUUGCUUCAACUUGGAACCCCCGCCGGAUGUACCAGAUAUGCACAUGGCCCCAUCCGCCCAUGCUUGCCCGGGGACCGGAUGACGCAAUGUUUGGAUUUCGUUGCGCCAGACCCCAACCUGGAGUUGCACACUCUGGGGGGUUAUGGACUCUUGCCCGUACCUAUCCCCUACCAUACCGUGCCAUCAAAGACGGCUGGCCACAAUGCAUAUUCAAAUAGGGCUAUAAAAUGCAAGAUCACAAUGUAAAACAACUUGGAAGAAUUAGUAUGUAUGCGAAGUGUAUCGGGGAUGCAUGCAGGGCGCGCGAUAGUGCGGGUUCGAAUCCCAGGUUUUAAAAAAAGGAUUUUUUAAAGAAUUUAUAACAUCCCUAUGCUUUUUUUGUCUAGGUCAUCAAGGCAAAAAAGCAUAGCGUAGGGCCCUGAGCUUCCAAGCUCUCUCGUUUUCAGCUAUUUUCGGCCUAGUCAUGUUUGGCCGAAAAAUUUGCUGCAGCUGAAAUUUUGUUUUGCAAGGUUCAGUGCGACAGUGUAUACAGGCGGCAGCAGUACAGGCCGAACUGGGGUUUAGCCCUGGGAAGCCGAAAUUUGAAUGGGCCGAAAAUUUGUACUUCGAAGUAGACUGGCAGUACCUUGUUUGAAGUUGUAGUUAAAGCAUCGUUGACAGGUCAGUAGCCAGUUUGAGCUACUGUAUGACACAUUAUUUUCGGUGUAACUUAAUUUCGGUAGAAAAAACCAGGCACCUAAAUUUGGAUUACACCUAUAAAGACUAUGCACUCUAAGUUAUGUGAAGGAAAUGCUGGUCACCUAAUUCUACAUUACACCUGAAACCCGGGCUGGUCCCUGACACCGACAUUUUGUUUUCUUUUGGCCUUAUGCUUUAUCAUUGCAUAGCAGAGCAUGCUCACGAGUCUGUGAACACGCUGGUCUGACCAGGGCACCCGAGCAAAACCCGACAAAAUGAGCGGCAGGUAUGCUGAGUUGUCAGCUUUGCCCCUGGUGAAUGUUUUGCAACUGUACUUUGCUGCAGCGUAUGUUUAUGGUGUCCACCCAUCCACUCUGGCUAUGAUAGCAGUUGGAAUAUCAGGCAACCAAUGGGAGUGGACUAUUCAGCAAAUGCAGUCUGCAUCUGCUCCAACCACCACCGACACUGAGCAGGAAGACAAUGCGGCGAAGCCCCGUCGUUCACCGCGUGCAAAGAAACAGCAGCAGCAACAAGACCAAGGGACACAUGAUGACUCGCCAAGACUUCACACUCACCACAGCGCUAGCAGUCCGCAUCAAUACCACGGAUCAUCUUCGCAAGGGCUGUUGCAAUCCAGGCACCAAUCCACUGAGCUGCGCCGAGACUCUAGCUCUGAUGUCCUGUCGCCACUGCAUUCACCGCCUCGCUCUCAGGCUGAUGGCGGUGAUAUCCGCUCCACGGAUUUGCAGAAGACAUCGUCAGUGUCAACAGCGGGCACCAGUUCACUGAGUCAGCCACAGCUAGGAGAGAUGAUUGCAACUGGUGAGACAGUAACAGAACUUUCUGACUUCCAAGCGGUGACAGCAGUAUCCUCUGUUCAUCCCCAGCCGCAAGCCGCCGUACCGCCGUUGCCUGUGAGUACAGCUGGGAGCUCCUCCGCCGUCACACAUACAACGGAUGGAGUUGGUGUAGGCAGAACUCAGUUGCUGCCUACAAUACCAUCGCCACGGCCAUCAGCUUCCUUUAGAUCGCCUGGUUCAGAUAUACUCACAAACUCACGGCAGCAGCAGCAACAGCAGCGCAAUCGGCAGUCUGGCUCUCAGCCGAUGCAUGAUCACGCCAUAUCGCCACUGGCUCUUAGCUCCUUGGAUAUGCCACUUCGCACGACAGCAGCAGCGGUGGACAGACAGCAUGUUGCCAGCCAGUCGACGCAUGUCCCCGUCACUGAAUCCCCGCUGCACACGUCCACUCAUGCGCACAGUUUCAACGUGGCAUCGUCGACUGGCCACCGAGCUGGACCCGUUGCAUCCAGCGCACCGGCCUUGACGCUCGGCUCCGCAUCGUCAGUGACCAUGGCAACUGAGCAGUCUGCUGUUCUGGCCGGACACGGUGCCGGUCGUUUAGCGCCCUCGUUCUCUCUCUCGCCCAUCACCGCCAGUACAGGCCGAGAAGCGGUGGCGGUGUCCACAGCUUCUAGUACAGGCUCACCCAGUGUACACAGUGGUGGUGAUGGUGGUAUGGUUGUGUCAGCGGCGGUGGUGCCUACGAGUAGUGGAAGCUCGGCACCAUCUCAACCGUCCCCUAACCAGCACUCCAGCAAUGUCGGCACUGCCUCUCAGUCGAUCGCUAGCGCUUCAACUGCAUCAUUGUCCACCACCUCCACGUCAUCAGCGGUGAUCCCCUCCACUUCGGUUUCAUCUAGAGGUGGUGCGGCAACCAGCUCAGCCAGAUCGGGAGACGGUCAUGUCGGUACGAGCGCGGGUUCUGUUUUGGUCGACAGUGCAGUGUUUAGCCAAGCGUCGUCGCUCGGCGCUAGUAGUGCGGCGGCGUUUGCCAAUCGCAGCGCACCGUCAACCUCCUCCAGCCGUGUGCACGGCCACUCCAGUAGCGGCGGCGUUUUAGGCACUGCCGCUGCGUUGUCGUCGUCACACACCGACCUAAGCUCAAUGGUGGUCGGUGUGUCACCAUUGCUCCACUACCACUCACCAUCAGCGCAGGUCGACAGCACUCCGUCGCGACACGUCACGUUUGCGUCCUCGUCCGCGUCCUCGAGCCUCAUCACACCGCUGCUGCAGUCGCAAGGAACGUUAUCAACCGGCUCGCCAUCUCAUCAUCAUCAUCAUCAUCAGCAGCAGCAGUCGCUGGUCAUGACGCCUAGCUCGGACCGUCUGUCCAUUAGCAGUCUCAGUUCUUCUCGUAGUGACGUCGCCACCGAUGGUAGUGGCCAGUUAUCGGAUACAGGACGACGCACACAGCCUUCGGAUAUGACGGUUCUAUUGCUCGGCGAGCAAGAAAGCUACAAGAGCAUGGGAGACCGCCUAAUGGCAGAGGUACUGAAGCACCAUCCCGGAGCACCGUCCACGUCAUCCGAAACGGACGAGUAUUGAUCACCCAGAUCUGGCAUCCACCUGAGCCCCCGCCGGGGCGCAUAGCUGUGCCAGCUUGAUCAUGAUCCUCUCGUAUGGUUAGUUCAGGGUUCACUGCAUGUUCUGUCGUCAACUCCAUCCACACAUACAGCCAGUACUGAUACACUUGCUGUGAUUACAGUUACAAGUGUAGAGUCUGAGCCGGAAAAAAGAGUUGCUUCUUCGCUCCACUUCUAUUUUUAAAUCUGACGACAGUCUCAGUGGCAUGGAAGCACCAACUUGGUUCCUGCCUGCUUUCUUUUCCACGGCUGCUGGAUCAGCUGAAUUCAUAGUCUCCAAUUUGAUCAAUCUUAGGCCUCAGCAUCAGCACACACACACACACACACACACACACACAUGCACAUUAGUCUGUUGAAAUGAUAUCGUUGUUACCUGGGAAGAUGCCCAAGUGCUGUGAAUGGUAUCCCGUGACAGUGGGACCGGGCUACCAUUGAUCAUUCCCCUGCAUAGAAACUGUGAAUUCAAGUCCUGACGAGACAUCGAAAAUUUAUUUCAAACUUACUCAUAAUUAUUUUUCGAGCUAGCCUUGUCGUACCGUACUCUCACCAUUUCACUAUGUCAUAUUUUCGAAGCAUCUCCUUUCCCCUUGAAAUACUCCCUGUAGAUAUUUUAGUGGCUUCCUCCGUAGGCUUAUCUGUUGGCUGAUUAUCGUUUUCCAAUCACUGGUGCUUGCAAACUGGUGCAAUGGUAUCCUCAGUGUACAUGCUGCGCAAUGUAUUUCGCAAGUGCAUGUAGUACCUACAUAUCUUGACUUCAGACAUGUAGGACCAAGAUGUAUUCUUGGUAGGACUUGACUGUUGUACUAAGCUACUGGCCUGUUAUGUG